UCAGUCAGCACAGCGGACACUGAAAUACCUCCACCAGGACCUCCAGCCUCUCGUUUUGAUUUGAGAUAUUCGGAAUCUGCUCAUCCUCUCAGGAACUCGCGUUCAAAGCUCUUUUUUACUCUUAUCUUGGAUUUCUUUAUGGUUUUGUGCGGAUUUAUGAUGGGGAAUUAAAAUGGUGAGGAAGAAAAAGCUGCUGGUGUUUGAAAUUUGUGGAAGCAUGAUGUGGGAUGGAUAAACAACUACAAAACUCUAAUAUGGCGUCUAAUGAGCCGGACCUUCCUGCCCUCUCCGGUGACCCCCAGCCUGGUGACCUCAUUGAGAUUUUCAGACCAGCCUAUCAGCACUGGGCUCUCUACCUGGGAGAUGGUUACAUCAUCAACUUAACUCCUGUUGAUGAGAGCCAGGCAGCCGCCAUGUCCAGUGUGAAGUCUGUCUUCAGCAGGAAGGCAGUGGUACGCAUGCAGCUACUGAAGGAGGUGGUGGGAAGUGACUCCUACCGUGUCAACAACAAGUAUGACCACAACCACACACCCCUCCCUGUCUGUGAAAUCAUCCAGCGGGCACAAGUCCUCAUUGGCCAGGAGGUCUCUUAUGACUUGCUGGGGAGCAACUGCGAGCACUUCGUUACCCUUCUUCGUUAUGGGGAGGGGGUGUCUGAGCAGGCUUCACGAGCCAUUGGGGCCAUCGGUUUGGUGACGGCAGCAGCCAGUGCCUUCUCUGUCCUGGGACUGAUCAACACACGGUCCAGAAACAGGCCUUUCUGACAGCUGUCGUCUUCACUGAAGUGUUUUCCCUAAAUUCAUUUGGCUGUGAUAAAAAAUAACAAAAUAAACAUUGAUAAUGAUUUAAAAAAUGAUGUUAUGUUUAUUAACAAACCCCAUAUACUAUUACAAUAUGGCCGCAGUUGUUUGUUGAUCCAGUCUUUGUUGUAGGCAGGAGUUGUGAAUUAUUUGACCAAAUAAUUUUUUUUAACCCAUGGAGCAUUAAUCAUAGUUUGAUUAGUUAGGUUAGGUUAAUUGGUGAAUCUAAAUUGCCUGUAGGUGUGAAUAGUUGUCUGUCUCUUUGCGACAGAUGGGUGACCUGUCCAGGGUGUACCCCGCUCCUUGCCCUAUAGCAGCUGGGAUUAGCUCCUGAAGAGAUGGAUGGACA